CUUUGCACUCGUACUCGCUUUUCAAGUUGUGCCUAGUAAUAAACUACAAGCAAUUGGUAGGAGACACUCCAUAAAAAUGUGAGAAUCAUGACCUCUCAUUCAUGCAAUUUGCAAUCUUCUUAAUCAAUACUCCGUACAAGUAAUCAAAUUUGCUACACAUCCAGUUACUAAAAGUAUCCCGAUGUCAACUGCCGUUUCAGCCCCGACGGAACCUUAUCUUUCUUUCCUUAGUCUAGGGCCAGAGUGUUUGGAGAGCCAAGACCGUCAAGUCAAUCUGUUCCCAUGUCAAACCCCCGACGGAACAUAUUUCAUAACCUGUUCCUAGAACCUCAAAUGCGACGAGCUCAUGAACAUGUCAACAUUCCAACCCAAAGACCUCCAGGACCAGAUGUGAUCGUCAUCCCUUCACCAACUAGACCAGAAGCAGCUCAAGGAGUCGAUCCAAAUAUCGUGACGACAAGACAAAUCCCAGCACGCCCAACGGAUCCAAUGUUCGUCAUUUUGGACCAACUAAAGCAGAGGCAAGAUAAAAUCAACGGCAUCCUUGGGGUACCACCACCCUUGGACCUCGCUUCACAUACAUGCUAUGCUAGCUCUUCCUUUUUUCGACAGAUAACCGAUAUCUAGAUCCCUAGAAAAUUCGUUGUCCCGUCAAUGAAGCUAUUUCACGAAAGUUCUGGCCCGUUGGAGCAUAUCGCCCAAUACAAACAACGAAUGCUGGCGGUUUAACAUGAGGCAUGCAUGUUUAGAGCGUUCAGAGCGACGUUGACAAGACCCGCCUUGACGUGGUUCGCCAACUUACCCAUUGAAGGAAUCAGCUCAUUUGCAAAACUUGUCAACCUAUUCAACCUGCAAUUUUUGAGUAGUCAUGUUCUCUAGACACAAACCAGCGACCUAUACCGGAUUAUACAGCGACGGAAGGCAUCAUUGAGGGACUACUUGCAACGUUAUAAUAAGGAAAAUGUGUCGAUUCCCAGAUCGAUCGCACAUUGAUAUGUACUACAUCGACACCAGAUCGAUCGCACACAUGCUCUGUAAACCUUGAUCGACACCCUUAUCCUCCUCACGAUUCAGAUCGAUCGACUGGGCCAUCACCACCGCCGCUGAUCGACUUCACCGUCGCGACGCACCAAAUCCGUCGGUUUCGAAUUCAUCGGACGCCGCCGCCACAG